AUGCUGCUGCUUUCGCACUAUGUGGCGGCGUGCGUGCUGUGCUAUCUACAGCAUGCUGCCGCGCUUCCACAGGGAGUUGCCCCGUCCCAAGCCUUGAGCGUGACAUCCGCUACACCGACAGAGACGUUAGUGUUAGAAGGUGACAGAAACUGCGACUUUAACACGAUGGAUGACUUUUUCAAAUAUGCCCACAACAACGGCCUGAACAUCACUGUGGAGGUGCAAAACUGCCAAAACUUAUGCCUGCUCACAUACGGGGUCGGAAACCCUGAUCUCUCAGGAAUCGGUAUGAUGUACGCAUACAGCAUUCAAACAGGGCUCACCAUCCUCGUCGGCCCCGUUUAUCGCAUCCUCUAUCUCGCCUUCAGCCCAGUGAGCGCGUUCAUCCGCGACCUGAAAGACAUCCAAGUCAACUUUUUCUCCUCAAAUGCCUUCUUCGUGGGUUCCUCUGCCCUCGCGACGCUCGCACACCUGUCACAGAGCCCAUCCACCUUUGAAGUUGCCGAGAUGCAAGCCAUGGCCUUCUUACAAGUCAACAGCAUCCUUGUGACCUUCUUCUGUCUGGUCGUGACCCAGCCAGUAUCGCGCUGGGCGGCGCGAGUGAUCCUCUAUUUUGCCGUCUUUGUGCUCGUCACUGUCGCCCUCGGCAAGAGCCACCUAGGUAGCGACAGCAGGAAAAACUGGCAGCUUGCAUCUGAUGGAUGCGCACACAGCUCAACGGACUACAGCGUCAUUAACCCGGUCCCGUAUCCGGGGUGGACUGCCGCGAUUUUCGCAGUGGCUGGCACGCUUGCGUUCUGGCUACAGACGCUGAAAGGGAAAUUCCAGGACAAUGUGCUGCACAGGUCAGCCUUUAAGGCCCUGAUGCUGCUCUGGGUCUUAUUGAUUGGACUUUUGACGGCGGGUAUGGUGGUUGGCGUGGUGAUGAUGUGGCGGCAGCGAAGACACCUGCGCAGCCUGGCCAGGGAUGAAUUCGAGGAUGAUGAGUGGGGGUUUGGGCAGAUCGCCGCUUUGACCAUUUGGGCCCCGAUUCCGGUGGAACUUAUAUAUAUUCUGAAUGACCUACUCCAAAGACAGUCCGAGCGAUGGCACCGCUGGAACGCGAGCCUAAGCAUCUUUUUCUAUCGGAAUAGAUCCAAGGAAGAUGCGUCUAGAUCUAACUCUGACUCGCAGCCAGAGGUGAAAGCGAACAGUCGCAGUGGAAGCAUCGUGGAGGUGUCCAAUAGGUAACGAUGUCGCACGCGAUAUAAACUUUCUCCAUCAGCACAAACAAACUUGACAACAAAGAAUGUAUUAUCAGCAUAACAUUAGCCAUGACAGCACGAUACAAAUUUCAAGUCUGAAGUCAUCAAUUACCAACAAACCCUGGUAAACAAUGUCAAUCUCUAUCAGCCAAGAAAAGCUUGUGGGCAACUGAUAAGAAUAAGCGCGUUAUAUAUAAUUGCACAAACAAAUACGAAGCCCCGGCCAGAGCCGGGCACCAUGG